GUCAGGUCAGUUGUUUCCCCUUUAUCCCAAAUGGAACCUGUGUUCUUCCUCCUCGCUACAACACCCGUCACAUUUUGCAUCUAGCGGACGAGUCGAUCCAUGAUACACGCGCCUAGACGUCACUCUAAACAUCUUGCUGUACUGCAGGAGCAAGCAGCUCGGUUCUCUAGACUGUAGCCGUCUACGCGUUUCAGCAUCUCGUCCUUCAUAUCAGCAAAUAUCUAUGCGGGACGACCUCCACUUGUUACAGGACACGACACAAUGGUGGAUGUGCCGCUGUCGGUUUCCUGUCAAGAUUGAGGCGGUGGCGAUGCACACCUGCUGCCUUGGUCUCACAAACCUCGUUCGGCUGUACGGCUGGAACACUCGCAGACUCCUUGGCUCUCGCUCGACGAAACGCUGAUGUCUCAAAUUUCGCUUCCGCAAUUCCUCAGAGCUUGCGCUUCCAGCGGGUUAGAGUGUCCAGCGAGCUGGUUGCUGCGGAGUGUGAUUUUCUUGUGGAUACUGGAUCCCACUCAGCCUUCUCAUCAAGAGGAAUGCGCUUGGUGGCUCAUAGGGGAGACGAAGCAACCGCUUUUGAGUGGUAUGUGGUACAUGGGUACAGUUGGCGCAGUUGCUCGUGGCAGCGGCGUGGUUUUUCCUGGCUGCGCGGUCGUCGAUUCGUGUUUACCACCGUGGGUGGGUGUAGUGUUGGAGACGGAAAUGGCAGGAAUGACGAGUAGGUGUGGGGCGGAAGGCACCUGAUAAUUACCACAGAUCGCAAGGCGCGUUGAUAGUGCGUUCCACAUACAGAGGCUGGAGCGAGAGCGAGAGAGCCUAAUCUCCAGUGACUAGACAGAACAGCGGUUGAGGCAUCGGCGGAGAACCCCGUCUCUCUUCUUCUUCCAGUCUCUCAGCGGUGUCGCGCUUCUGCUAGCCAUAAAAAUUGUGGCAACGGAGAGGUUCUGUCCGCCUCCUGACAGAUCGGGGUCUCCUUUCGCUGCGUUGCUUGUAAGAUUCCUAUUUCUGUGUACCUCGUUUUGCCACGCCAGAGAGAGCGCACGCGCAUCGCCGACUGAGGCUACCCGUGCGCCCAGCACAUGAACGGGAACGACGUCGCUGCAAUGGAGCACGCGUGGCUGCCGCUGAAAGGGAAACGUGACAGGCGCACCGCCGUCUCUCUUUUUGUGCGAUGGCUUUUUAGCGGCUGGGGCAAGCAGCUUUGUUGAUUCGAGUACGUGAGAAACUGGACCACAAAAAGGGGUCAGAAGGGCGCAGGAACCCUUCUCGGACCUUCUUUUCAGAAAUGGAUGCUCCCUGCUUCAACGCGGAGGCACCGUAUGGUCGAGACCUGACUGCGCCUACCGAAACGAUUUCUUCGAGGCUCGCCGUCGCUUUUGUCUCCUGGAACGCGCGCUCAAAAAUUGAGGAACAUUCGCUUUCGCCGAUUCUCGAGGGUCACCAGAAGCCCUUCUUGCGCCGCAGCGUCUCUGUUUUUCCUGCCUGGCCGUCCCGCUUUCGCCGGACUGUUUCUACACGCGGACAGGCAUGAACGACACACAGGGACAUCGUGCGUUCUUGUGGCGAACUAAAUGUGAAGAAGGAACCGUUUUAGAGUCUCUCUUCCGGCCUCGACGCACUGGUUCUUGGCAGCGACUUUCCCUCUUUUCCUCGAGGCAGCAGGAGUGCCCGGAGCAGAAGGACUGCGAGUCUCUCCUGCCCUUCUUUUGUGGACCAGAGAUUUUUCGUGGCUCCCCUUCUCCGUGUCGUUUUCGCAGGCGCGACUUUUUCCGUUCUCCAGUAUCUCUGGGUCGCGGUGUGCGAACACUUGAGAGAUGUAUAUUCUACCAGCGAACAAGUCGACGGCGUACUGGAACCGUAUGAACAUUCAGUGUUGCCCGUCUACUUGCGGAAAAUAGCAAACGGGAAUCGCCGCGUCGUUUCUUCUGGCCGCAGCGCCGAAUUCGUUUUCCACUCCUUCGACGUUCCCGCGGCGGUCAGCUGCGCCCGAAACACGCCGACUUUCCCCGGACUUCCCUCCUCGACGUCGUGAGUAGCGCAUCCCGUUUAUUCCCGGCUUCCGGCGCUUUUCGCAGGCGUCAGCAGCUCGGUUUUCCCGUCCGUUCAUUGCUUGCUUCACUCCUCUCAGUUUCCCUUCUUGGUGCGGCUAUGCCCGCCGGCGUUUUUUUCCCCCUUCUUGCCUCGUUUUCCUCCCGCGAAUGCACUCAAAUCCCCGUUCCACCGCUCUGGAACGAUGAUCAAAGCGGAGGCCUUCCCUUCAUCGCCUACGCCGUGUACGCCUGAAGCUUCUGCGGACCCGAACCUGCUCUCAGGUCCGCUGCAAGCCCCCAUGGCAGCGCCGUCAGCCCCCGUUCCGUCUCUCGGCGCUGGCGUCGACGCCAACGGAGCGUCCAUGGGCGCCGAUGACCAAGCUGCCUCUGCAGCCAGCACGCCCACUAGCCGAGCUGGCGACGCCAGUCCGCUGUCAUCUCUGUCUCUUGGCUCCGCGUCUCUGAACUCGUCUGCAAGUCCGUCGUCCUACGAGCCCGUCGAAGCUGAGGCUGGCCACAUCUACCAACCUGGCACUAAGGCUGAAGUUCGACUGGUUUACCGUAUCAAAAAGGGGCCUGGAGCUGGCCGCCAUCAAAAGUCUUUUUCCAUUUCGCGCUACGGUGUCCAAGGAGCUUGGGAACAGGCGGAAGCAGCACGUCAGUUCAUCAACGCAAAUGGAACGCUGCCGCCGCACUUCGUGGUGGCGUCUCUACCGUCGCGGAACAGUCCGAGCUCGUCAGGCAGUGGCCAGAAACACCGGCGAGCCGCCUCUUGCGCAGCCUCGUCUCCAACGUCGAGUCCCUCUGGGUCGACUUCUCCGCCCCCUUCGGGCGUCUCCUCCAACCCCGCUGCGGCAGUCGGCGCCGUCGCCACCACGCCACCAUGCGGGGCUGCCGGCUCGGCCCGCUCGCCCCGCGGCCCGGGGCGGCUUCCCGGGAGCGUAGCGCGGGCUGCGGGCGCGGCAGCAGCGCGGAUACCCGAGGCGCCUGGCGACAGGAAGCGCGGAACGGGCGCCGGCGCAGGUUCCGCGCCGAGUGAAGAGAGCCGCGAGGAAGCGGGGACCUCCGCGAACGGGCGAGGGCCGCGCGGGCGUGGCGCCUCAACGCGGUGUGCCCCUCUGAACGGCGCGAACGCGGCGACACCCCGCGCCGUGCCCCCCACAGGCCAGCACGCCAACAUCGCGGUCGGCGCCGUGCCGGCGGGGCUCCACGCUGGCGGGCCCCAGGCGGCGGCCCCAGGACGACCGCGCGUGGUCCCUGGAAAUGUGCGCGUUGUCCCGGGGGCUCCCGGCGCGGUGCAUGGCGUGAGUCUUUUUCCAGCGACGAUUGUGUCCGGGGCGCCAGGAGGCGUCGCAGGCGUGGUGGGGACUCCAGGGUGGAGCGCGAACACAGUGCGAGGCCCGGGCGGGAACCUCAUCACUGUCGAAGAGCACCAGCGGCUUGCAGCGGUGGCGGGUGCGAAUGGUGCGGCGGUGAUCAACCCCUUGAAUCCGUCGCCGGCGCUUUUCGGGCUCUUUCCGGGCUUCGUCGCGCCCCAGGCCGCGGCGGGCAACGGCACUGGAGACGCCAAAGGCGCCGCGGCUGCCAUACCGGCUUCCGGGACGUCGGGCGCCCCAGCCGCGGGCGCUGUCGUGCCUGCGACCGGCGUCCGCGCGCUGGCGGCUGCGGGCCUUCCGGGUGGCCCCGUGAAUAAUCCUGCGUUGGGGAUUGUCGGCGGCGGGCUUCGAGGCAACUUCCUGCUUUCCUCCGUGCCUGCAUCUCACGCCUCCUUUCUCCCGCGGGAGAACGGUGGUGCGGAGGGCGGCGGGGCGUCGCCAGCGAGUGGGGAAGGGGGCGCUCAGGGCGCGAAGGAAGGCGAGCAGCGCACACUUCCAGAGGGGUGUUUUCGCCUUCUCCUUCCCUUUGGAGCCCUUUCUCGGACAUUCUUUUCCCCUGCGACGGCGGUCGCGGCUGGAGGCUCGGCGGCCGAGGACGUCUCGACUCCGUCAGCUGCGAAUACGGGCCCAGGAUCAUUGGUAGGUGGGCAGCUGCACGCAGUUCCGGGACUGGGGAAGGGUGUUGUGUUUCAUCCGCAGUCUGCAGCGUCACCGUCGUCCUUCUCGACUUCUGCGUCGUCGCCGAGCGUCGGAAAAGGCAAGGGCCACCCCGUGCUCCUGCCGGGCGCGUACCCGCAGCCCGGCCUUGUUGCGCUUCCCUCGGGCGCGCCCCUCGCCUCCGGGGCCCUGGGCGCGGGCGGCUCUCCGACCUGCAGCAGCAGCACCAGCGCAGGCGGCUCGAGCACAGUGGAUGAAGAGACUCAGAGCCGGAACGGUCGCGGCGGGAGCGAAAGCAGCUCGAGCACCGGUUCGUCGCCUGUGAGCAGCCGCGGGGUGGGAGGCGUUGCAGGAGUUGGUGUUGUCGCGGACAUGAACGGCCAAGGCGAAGAAGGAAUGAAGACCGAGGGUGAGGGCGCCGAGUACGUAGGGGUGGGGUGCCAGGCUGGGACGAGCCUGGACUUGAUUGUGAAGGAUGAGGCAGGUGUGGCGUCUGAAAGAGAAGCAGGGGAGGCCUCAGGGUUUGGCAUCGAGGUGGAUUGCAGCAUGCACGGGGACGAUAUGUACGGCGAGGCUGGGCCACGCGAUGGCGAGAAGCGGGCGCGUCGGCGAGAAGAAGAGUCGUUCGUGACUGGCGCCCAAAGUGGCGUGUCAGGGCGUGGAGUCGGCGGGGAGGAGGAGAGCAACAUCGGCGGAGGUGGACGCAGCGCAACGGGGGUCAGGAGGCGAAGGUCCACUUCGUACUCGCGAAGUCGAGCCGGAAACCCGUCCUGGCUGUUCUCCCUGGUGGACUGCCCCGACAAUGUGUGUGGGGCCCCGGAGGGCGAGGAAGGGGCUGCGAGUUUCACGCGCGAAUUGAGAGACAGAGAUGAAGGGAAAGACGACGACGAUGGGGAGGGCUUGCUGUCUCGAGGCGAGAGCCGGGAGGGGUUCUUCCGGACGCGCAACUGGCAGUUUUCGCCAUCUUCGUCGAUGUCUUCUUCGUCGCUGAACUCGGCGCUGUUCGCCUCCGGCGCGGGCUUGGCCGGAAGCUCCUUCCUCUCUUCACCGCCACCCUCGCCGCCAGUCUCGCCGCCGGUACGCUGCCGCCCCGGCUUCCUCAUUUCCUCGCCUAGCAACGGCGGGAUCGGACGGGCCCUGAAGAGACGCUGUGUGGACUUCUCGCCGCUGCUUCUGGCCUCACCCUCGACUUUGUUCGCCUCCGGGCUCGGCUCCGCAGAGCGCAAGCGGUGGACGGCGGAGGCGCGAGGUGCGGGGCUCUUGGAGGACCUGCAGGGCCCUUCGUCGACCUCUUCGUCGCCUCUGGGGGUGCGCCCCUGCCCGCUGUCUCCACGCCCUCACGCCGCCGGGGACAAGGCCCAAGGGGGGCCUGCGGGUUCCGCGAGUCCGUCCCUGGCGGGGCGGUCGCGGCCGUACGGCAACGUCCUUUCCUCGCCGCCCCUGGAGAACAAGAAGGCGGCUGCGUCUCUUUGCUUCUCCGCGCUGCCGCCCUCGCUGACUUCUCUGCGGCACGGCGAGAGUUUCGGAGAGAAGCGCCGGACUUCGGGCGCAGAGGGGGCGCAGGCCGGCGACGACGCGGAGAGCCAGAAUCCGCCUCUGGGACGCGACGAGCGCAAGAAAAUGCGAGACAGCGUGGCUGCGGGCGCGGGCGGGGAGCGCCGAGACGAAGAAUCAGAAGAUGAGGAGGCGGCCGGACCCGCUGGGGCCCGCAGGGGGCGAUCCGAGGAAGGCGCGCGCGUCGAGGGGGAAGGCGAGCGAGACAGCGACCGGUUUUCUCUUUUGCCUCGUCGCCACAACGCCAGUGAAGGCGACAGCAAAGACGAGGUCGCCAGUGGUUUGUCGAGUCGCACGAAGAGCGUCCUAGCCUACCUCUCGUCGCCGCUUUCCGACUUGCUGGCUUCGCCGGUUUUUCCCAUCCUUGGGGCUCGCGGCGAGAAAGACAAGUCCAGGCGGCGGCGCGGCCCCGCGCAGUCGUCCUCUGGACCUGAAGCGGGCUUGGGUGGUUCCCUCGCGGGUCUCGCGUCGUCCGUCGGCGGCUCUCCGACUUUGUCGCCGUCGCCGUCGGCGUUCCUGCCCUUCUCACCCUUCUCCGUCCCUCCGCGGCCGUCUCCACCCUGCGGACCGUCGACGUUUCCGAUGCCGCUGGGCUCCCCUUCUUCGCCCCGGCGGCGGUCGUCGGGGACGGGCAGGCGCCUCGUCCUUCUGCCGCAGUCGUCGCUCUCCAGCAGUUCAGGGCCGCUGGAGACGGGGACUCCCCAGCUGUUCAGCAAUGCGCUGCCGCCGGUGUUUUCGGAGAACUUGUCUGUCUCUCCGGCAUGUUUCGCCCUCGCCUCGCCUUCGGUCACCUCCUCGCUCCUGCCUCCGGCAGCAGCCACCGGCGCCGCGCCCCGGCCUCCGCAGGUCGAGAGAGUGCAUGCAGACUCAGACACGUUCCUGGGUCUCUCGCAACCCCUCGAUGCGACACAGGGCUCCGACGUGCGGCCCGCCGUCGCGGCUCCGGGCGCGCCGCCAGAAGGCCUUUUUCAGGCCUCGACGGGCCAGCCUCUCGCACCCGCGCUCCCCGUCCUUGACCUCGGUGGAGCGUCAGCGGCGCUGCAGGCCGCCGCGAAGGCUGCAGCCGCGGCGUCGGCGGCGAGCGCGGCGACGGGGAGCCGUCACGCGGUCGGACAGGAGACUGGCAAGGCCUCGCAGGAAGGACCGAGCGACGGGGCUGAACUCGUCGCGUUGAGGCCCGCUGUUCCUGGCUGGCCUGCAGGCGGCGCCAGUGGAGUUGCAGAAGCGAAGAAGGACGCCAAAGGGUCGCAGGGCGGGGAAGAGAGCCGCGAAGAUAUCCUCAAGACGGCUGUGGCGACUGAGGAAGAGACGCAAGUCCGCGGGCGUGGUGAAGGAGCGAACGAGAACCCCGAGAAGGCCCUGGUGAUGAUGAGAGCCGGUCCUUUUGCGGAGGGGCGAGAAACGGGAGCAACGUCUCUCGGCGCAAUGCCGGAUCCGAGAACCGGCGAAAAGAGACAGGACGAUGGUUCCAGUCGUGCAGCUGCGGCGCAGGGCAGGCAGGAUGGCGCUGAAGCGAAGAGCCCAAGCGGGACGCACGCGAAAAAAGAGACCCCUGCCGGUGGAGACACUUCGGCUCCGACUGCCGGUGUCUCCGUCGUCGCUUCGGGAUCUGCGGACCCACCACACGUAUCAGUUGCUGCAGGGGUGCUGGCAUGAGGACUGAUGAUGGUGGAAACAGAGGGAGGGGGAAAACUGGAGAGACACAGACGCCAAUUGAGCUUCUUCCUGUCGCGAGUUUUGCUUUGCUUUCUCGGACAGUUGACUGGACACCCUUCAGCUCAAGCAACAACGAGAACCGAGAUACUUCUUAACGAAACGUGUCUCACGCAGAGAAAACAUCUGUGUAGAAACCCGCACGCGCCUUCUCUCUAUUCUCCGUCUUCUUCAUGACCCUCCACGACUGUCUGCAGGUGUCUUCUCUGGCGAGAUCCCUCUCCUUUUUUCACUUUUCCCCCUUCUUCCACAUGGCUGCGGCCCCAAAGUGAGUGUGAAGAUGAAACAUCACAGAAAGGCUGCAUGCGCUGCAGGAACUGAAGGAGGCAUCUGUCUCUUCACUUGUCUUUUCUCCACGUGUCUCUUCAGAAGUCACGACGGUGCCUGCGAGGGGGGUCGGCGCAGGCCGCUCGAGGGACUUGUGUGUUGCGUCUGUCGGUGUUCAGCAGACGGGGGAAGGAGCCGAGGCGUAUCUUUUCUGUUUUGUGGCUGUUUCUCGCGAGCUACACACUUUUUCUCGAAUGUUCGUUUUGGGUGCGGGGCUCUUGGAGGUUGGGGUGUGUCAGUACAGCUGCUUGUGUGACUUUUUUAGCGGUUUCCCGGCUUCCGGGCCGCACAUCGUUGCUUUCUAGCUGACGCGCUCUGAAAGCCAACCUUUCUCCUUCGUGUACAGUUGGUGCAAGCUCAGUUGUGUUGGAAAGCGGGUGAACGUACAGCCCUGCCGUCUGGCUUGUUUUCCGUGGGGGCGUGUCACGCACCGAUCGACGUCUUCACGAUGCCUCUGUAGAUCAUCACAUGGCUGUCGAAGGCAAAAGUUCUGCAGUCUGCGCCAGCGUGAGCCGCGGCACGCGACGCCAAACUUCUGUCGUGCUGAACACGUCCAAUUUCCAGAUUUCCACGGAACGCGAGAGAAGGGAGUCAGUCGGGGUCCGUCCGGCUAGCAGACGACCCAGCUCGAGAGUUUUUCGCCUUCUGCGCAUGUGGUGUAUACCCUAGAUACGUGCGUAUAUACAUAUAUAUCCAUAUAUGUAUGUAUGAUAUAUGCCCGUGUCUGCGGACGCUUGCGUCCACAAUUCGCUGAAACUCGUCUCUGCUUUGCCUCUUACACGAGGGAGGGUCUAUUUGAGGACGAAAGGAACAGAGGGAGAAGUUGUUCGUUGUCUUGGCUUUAGAGACGCAGAGCGGCGAGAAACCGGAGAUGCGAGGUGUACAGACAGCCUGGCGACGAGCCUCGCAAACCCUUUUCUCCCGCCUCGCGCUCGUGUAUGUUUCUUUUCACUGUCGCCUCCAGGUGUGUUUUGUGUGUGUGUGUGGGGGGGGGGGGGCGGCUUGCUCUCCGGACUGGCCGCGAGCGGCAACAGAGGCAGCGUGCGGCGUUUCCGUCAGUUCGGGUUCCCUUCGCUCGGCGCUGAAACGUUCUUUCGACAGUAGUUUGGUUUGUCGGCAUGGACGAAAAAGGGGAGGUUCACUCGCCAGCCACGCGUGCUCUCAGCUCCUCCAGAUCCGCUGCCUGCGAGAGACUUGCCCUCGAGCGAAACAGUUGUGUGGAGAAGCGCGGCGUCCGCACGCAGUAACGCCUCGCCUUACUGUACAUAGUAUCUAUUUAAAUGCAUUUCUAGAUGCGCGUGCAUGCGCGCUGGUCUCCUGUGCGGCGUGUCCUCUUACGAAUGUGGUGAAUGGUGCGUUUUUAACAGUGGAGGAGUCUCGGGUGUUUUUAUCUGGGGGUAAGUGAAACAGCGGCAAGACCGUGUGAGUUGUGUGUCGAUGCAGCAUGUGGGAGCGGACGUAGUGUGCCCAGUGCACUCUUUCUCUUGGCAUUUUUCUUGACAAGGACAAUCUGGGAAAAAACCAGAGUCGGUCAGGUGUAGGUUGGUCGGCGCAGAGACGCUGGCCGAACGUUUUGUGAAGGCGUGUGAAUGUCGUGUCGCCGAACAAGGAAACACGAAAUCCGUUUCAACUUAGUGUACACUUUCGGAAACUCUCCAAAUUUACACCGCC